AUGAAAUCUUCGCCUCAACAAAACAAGAAUCAAUAUUUUCAUCAUCAACCUUACUCAGCCUAUCUUCCUUUAAUGAAUUUUCCCACGAACAACCAUCAACUAGGGCAAAUAUACAUUCAAAAUUAUGGCGUCCCAAAUCUCUUCUUUGGUUGCCCUUCUACAUUUUCCCAGCAAAUGAUGUACCCCAACCAAUUUAAUCCAUCACAAUCAGUUCAGCCUAAUUACCAAAAUGCUAAUUUAAUUUCUGAAGAUACGACACAGCUAACAUAG